CUCCCACCCUCCCGCCGCCUCCCGGCGCCAUGCUGACGCCGGAAGAGCUGGAGAUGCAAGCGGAGGCGCUGCGGUGGGCAGAGUGGCAGGCGGCGCCGCCUGCAGGCGCUCCGGUGCCCCAGGUGGUGCCACCACCACGAGGUGUGCCGCCUGUGCGUGCACCGGGGUCAGGCCCGCAGGUCAUCAACCCCGCGGAGAGCCCGGCCUUCCGUGCAUCGGCAGGCGCGCCGCGCCCGGCGGCCAAGUCGCUGGCGCCGGUGCCUCCUGCGCCGGCGCGCCCGCCGGCGCCGGCCCCCCUGGCGCCCGCGGCGGCGCGGCCGGCGGCGACGGUGCCACCGCGCCCGGUGGCGCCGCGCGCGGCGACGCCGCCGGUGGCGGCGCCUGCGGCGGCCAACCCGGCAAAGGCGACCUUCGCCCCGCCGAAGAACACUUGGAAGUCGGAGCCCUACGUGCUGCUGGGGGAUGUGGCCUGGUUCCCCGUGCCGAAACCCCGAGGUAUGGGCCGCCCCGCAGAUUGCCCGCCAGGUGAGCAAGAGGGCGGAGAGGCCUUGGAGUUCCUGCAGCGGGCCACGGCGGUGCUGGGCUGUGAGCUGACAGAGCAGAUGCGUCAGGACCCGCAGAGUGCUGCCUUUGCAGAGAGCGCGCGGCUGCUGCUGGCAGUGUUGGGCUUCAUGUGCGAAGGGCAGAUCCCGCCGAUGCUGCGGGGCACCGUGGUGACGCGGGCACCCUACUUGCCCGCCUGGCAAGGUCUGGUGCCGCACAUGAUCCUCAGAGAGUGGUUUGACGGCAACGACUCCCGGUCACUGCUGAACUUUUAUGGGUCCGAGGCGCUGCGGGAAGGUUUCGAGGCGGCCUCGCGGCCACAGCAGGGGCACUUCGUGACCUUGUUGUCCCGCGUGGCGCAGCUCGAGAUGUCGCGGCCCGGGGCGAAGGCUCUGCGGAGCCCCUGGCAGCCGGUCUUCGAGCAGUUUCCAGAGCUGCGGCGGUACCGGCAGCUGCUAGCGCAGGUGAAGCGCCGCUGCUGGGAGGACGCUCGGGACCGGUCCCGCUCCCGGAGUCCCAAGCGGAAGGUGGAACCCAAGCAGUCCAAGCAGCAGGAGGAGGGGACCCGCUUCAUCCUGCGGAACGCGGGGCAGGUCUCGGAAGAAGAGCUCUUGGAGUACUUCCAGAACUUUGGCACCGUGGUGUCCUGCAACGUGCUCCGGGACAAGCGCACCAAGAAGAGUCGGGGCGUCGCCUUCAUCAGCAUGAGGCCGGGCGUCUAUGAGGGCAAGCCCAUCACCGAGUGGAUGCUUCAGGAGACCCACAUCGUGGGCCAUAUGAAAUUGGAAAUCACUGAGGCGGAGGAGAAACAAGAGAAGGAGGAUGAUGAGGACCGCAAGCGGGAGGAGAGGGUCGAGGAAAGGCGCCGCGCGCGGGUGGAGAAGGAGCAGCGGAUGCUGCGGACCCCCGGGGGCGCCGCGUCCUUGCAGGAGAAGGGCGAGGAGCGCCUCGUCUCUUCCCACUGGCUGCGCCGCUGGCGGCGCCAGCUCUUCGAGUGGCUGCCUAAGGGCACCUUAGGGCCCUCCGUGUGGGCGGAGCCCUGCGUCGGGGAGCUCUGCAUCGCCAUCUGGGCCGAGGUUGCUGAGCAUUGCCUGCGCUGCGAACGGGCUGUGCAGGAGGCUGUUGGCAUGUUCCAGGAUCCCAGCCAGGAGGGGCGCUGGAGCUUUGUGCCCGCCGCGGAUCUGCUGCUGGUGCUGGGCGAAGGCCUCGUCGGGCUCACCGCGCUGGGGGUCUUUGUGUGGCCCUCCUGGCAGGACCCGGUGCCGCCGCGCAGCGCGGCGGAGCUGGCUGUGCUCACGAAGCCUUGCUUCGCCGCGCCCGUCGUGGGCCCCUCGCUGCCGAUGAUGGCGCCGCCCGCCAUGGCGCCGAUGAUGGCGAUGCCCGCGAUGCCGCAGACGGCACCUAUGGCGAUGAAUCCGUCGGGGCCGUCCAUCGCAGGACUGAAAGGCGCAUCGGAUCGCGAGAAGAUCUUCGUAGGAGGGCUGCCGCACCAUUGCACCCUCGAGAUGCUCACGAGUUACUUCAGUCAGUAUGGGCCAAUCACCGACGCUGUUGUCAUGAUGGACAAAAACACAGGGAAGCCUCGCGGUUUCGGCUUUGUAGUCUUUGAGCAUGUCUCAUGCGCGGAAGCAGCUAUCCGAGACUAUGGAACGCACGCCUUGGACGGCAAGUGGGUAGAUGUGAAGCGCGCCACUCCGCAGGACGGCGGCUUCGGUGUGCCCUCGGUCUUCGCGCCGGCGGCCCGGGAAGGCAGCUUCCCAUCGCCCGAGAAGCCGAGAAGUCCGGAGCGCUUUACGGAGGUGCCCCCGCCCAGUGAGUCAGGCGAGCGCAGCUUCACCUCAGUGCCGCCCCCGCAGCUUUGAGUACCGCCAGGAUGUCUCCGCUCCCCGGCGAGGCGGCCUCCGCGCGAAAUUACGCGCGCACCUCUUUCGCGUUGCGAAAGCUGACCGCUCGCGAAGAGCAGCGGAGUUGGAG